AUGGAAAAGGAGGACCAAAAAUCAGAUAGAAAAACAUUAAAGCAACAGUUAAGUGAAAACAGAACUAGAAGAUUUCAUGAAUAUCAAAAACGGUUAGAGUCGAAGAAUUCCGCAUAUCUACUUGAUAAGAAGUCCACAAAGUUUUAUGAGGAAUUGAGGCAAAGGGAUUUAGAUGAGGACAGAAGGAUUAAACAACAAGAAGCUAUUGAGCUUCAAAGAUUCAAGCAGUUACAGGAAAGGAAAAAAGUACUCUCGAAACUGACAAAAAGUACACCACUUGGAAAUAUCAAUAAGCCAGCGAUUCUACCUAGGAAGAAUCUACAGAAGGCAAGAGAAAACACGUUUGAAGGGCGACUGGUUGAACCAUCUUCAAGCAAAGAAGACAAAGAAGAAAAUAAUAGUAGUAAUGGCAAAAAUAGUAUACUAGUUGGAUAUGAAUCUAGUGAAGAAGAGGUUUAA